AUAAGUUAUAAUUUAUGAGUUGUCUUUCAAAAAAAAUAUUAUAAAAUAAAUAAGAAAAAAAAAACAAGUGGACAAGAAACCACAAGUGUUUUGAUAGUUCAAUGAAACCAAACGAGUAACUAUUUUAAUAGUUAUUCUUAAUACGUCUUUUUAGUAACUAUAUCCCAAUAACUUGUUAUCCCAACAUACAUACCAUGACGAGUUUUCCUAUAACUAUUUACUUUUACAUAAACUAGAAAACGGUCUAGUUUAACUACUACAUAAAUUUACAGAAAGAGCGUAAUUUUAUAUGCGAGACAUUAGUCUUUUAUACAUUAUGCGUAUAUACCUAUACAUAGAGAAUGACAGCUAAAAUAUUAAUUACAAAAUAGUCUGAAGUAGGAUAACAUUUUGGAUAUUUGCCCUUAACUAGAUCUUCAUCCCUGCAGCAUAAACUCAAAUACAUACUCUCAUGGAUCUCAUUCACAAGCUCUUAAACCUUAUUCUUCCUGUUUUAACCAUUAUCCUGUUAUUAUUGCUUUAUCCCAUGAUCUUAGUAUUCAGGUUCUUCAACUACUUCAUUAAAGUCGCUUUCCCUGAAGAACUCGCCGGAAAAGUAGCGCUGAUCACCGGAGCUUCUUCUGGUAUUGGCGAGCAUUUGGCGUAUGAAUAUGCAAAAAGAGGAGCGCGUUUAGCAUUGGUUGCAAGAAGAAAGGAGCAGCUGGAGGUGGUUGCAGGGAGGGCGAGGGAGUUGGGGUCGCCGGAAGUGAUCGUGAUUUCCGCCGACGUUUCGAAGGUCGACGACUGUAAGCGGUUUGUCGACGAAACCAUCCACCAUUUUGGUAGCUUGAAUCACUUGGUGAACAAUGCGGGUGUAUGCUACAUUCAGGAUGAGGAUCAAAGAUGUUCUUUGGAUUAUGUUUCACUUAUGGACAUAAACUUUUGGGGUUCGGUGUAUGCAACCCAAUUCGCAGUUCCACAUUUACGUAACAGUAAAGGCAAAAUAGUCGUUAUUUCUUCUUGUGCUGGAUGGUUUGCCCUUCCGAAACUAGGAAUUUAUUGUGCAAGCAAAGCAGCAUUGAUAAGAUAUUUUGAAACGUUACGUGUCGAGUUUGGUUCAGAUAUUAGGAUAACAAUUGUCACCCCUGGAGUUGUCAAAUCAGAAAUUACAAGCGACAAAUGGCUUUUGCAGUCAAACCUAUAUUGGGCACCGAUGGUAUCGACAGAAGAUUGUGUCAAGACAAUUUUAGAUAGUAUAAGACGUGGAGAUGAGUAUUUGACGGAGCCAAGAUGGAUGCGGGUUUUCUUUAUGUGGAAAACACUUUGUCCCGAGAUAUUAGAAUGGAUUACCCGUUUUUUAUUGAUCACGUGUUCGAAGUAUUCUCAAGAAAACAAAAAACCAUGUUUGUUAGACAAAGGUCAUAUUGAAUGAUGUCAUGGUAGUAUAUGUUUUUUUUUGUCUUUCUUUUGUAUGUUUGAUUAAAAAUGUUCGGCAAAACAAUUCGUGAUGUACUUGUCAAUUUUAAACUAUUUUGAUUUGACUAAACAAUGUAUGUUGUACUUUCCAGGUGUUUUGUUUUGUAAGAGGAUUUUGUUUUGUAAGAGGAUUGAAGAAAAAAUAAAGAAAAUUGCAAAUUUGGUUCGUAUA